GCUGACAGGCGGGCUGUGGGAGGGAGGUGAAGUUUCUGCUGCUUCCUCGCUGCUCCUCUUCAUCAUGGACGCGAAGACACAUUUCACCCGAGAGGAAAUCAACAGUACGGUGUGGGAGGUCCCGGAGAAAUACACGCUGCUGAAGCAGGUCGGAACCGGGGCGUACGGUUCGGUUUGCUCUGCCAUCAACGGGAAGACCAAAGAGAAGGUGGCCAUCAAGAAGCUCCACCGGCCCUUCCAGUCGGAAAUCUUCGCCAAGAGGGCGUACCGAGAGCUGCGGCUGCUGAAGCACAUGAAGCAUGAGAACGUAAUUGGACUUUUGGACGUGUUCACACUCGCCUGCUGCUUGGAUGAGUUCCAGGACUUCUGCCUGGUGAUGCCUUACAUGUAUACUGACCUGUCAAAGGUGCGAGGGUCUCUCUCCGACGACAAAGUCCAGUUCCUAGUCUACCAGAUGCUCUGUGGACUCAGGUACAUCCACAAGGCGGGAAUCAUCCACAGAGAUCUGAAGCCGGGAAACCUAGCCGUGAAUCCAGACUGCCAGCUGAAGAUCCUGGACUUUGGCCUGGCUCGCAGCACGGAUGCAGAGAUGACGGGCUACGUGGUGACCCGUUGGUACCGUGCGCCUGAGGUCAUUCUGAACUGGAUGCACUACACCCAGACUGUGGACAUCUGGUCAGUGGGGUGCAUCAUGGGAGAAAUGAUCAACGGAAAAACGCUUUUCAAAGGAAAGGACUACAUGGACCAGCUGACUCAGAUCCUGAAGGUUACUGGAGUCCCGGGCCCGGAGUUUGUUCAGAAACUGGACAGUCCGGAGGCUAAAACGUAUGUGAAGAAUCUGCCUCGCUACCCAAGAAAAGCCUUCUCCUCGCUCUUCCCCAAAGCCAGUGAACUGGCCAUCGAUUUGCUGGAGAAGAUGUUGGUUCUGGACGGGGAUGAGAGGCCCACAGCAGAAAUAGCUCUGGAGCAUCAGUACUUUGACAGCCUACGAGACCCGGACGACUUACCCGAGCCGGUGCCGUACGACGACAGUCACGACAACGCCACGCUGUCCCUGGAUGAGUGGAAGCGAUUAUGUUUCAAGGAGGUAAAAAGCUUUGUGCCCUUUCCACGGCGGGACUCCAAGAGAAAAAAUACCCUCACGAUGUCCUCAUGAUUCUCUCAAUGUGAUGUUACACAACCCUCCCACCCCCUCAGACAGCCAAGGGUGCCCUUGUAUAUUCCAGCCGCUGUUUUUUUAGGGUUUGUUUGUUUUUCAUAUCCAUCCUCUUUGUGAAAUUCUUUACUAAACAUCCUGCCUUUUGUGUAGCGCCUUCAGACAACCUUUGUUGUCCUCUGGUGCUUUAUAAAGAAACUGAAUUGAAUUAAGUGUCCAUCAGUAAAUUGUGUCAGAAAUGAGUUGACUGUACUGCAGGGAUCUCUCAUGCAGACUUCCUGUUAUAAUGGUUUCCAAAUAAACAAUAAAACCAAACAUUUGAAGAGCUAUUUUUGUAAUUCUGACAUACAUUAUGGAUGAAAUGAAGGUAAAGAGGGUAUAAAUGCUUCAGAGGAGGCAGCUAGUUAUGAACACGAGAUGUGUGGAUGAAGAUUCUCCGUCAUACUGUGUGGUCACUUUGUCUUGAAGUUGGAUCACAGGCAUCUGGACUUGUCUUCACUUCUUUUACCUUUUGAUCAGUGCAAAUAUGCUGGUCUGCCUUUCAGAAUUGGCUGACAGGUAAAAAAUAUUGGCCGAUAAAUUGGACGGCCAUUGAAACUAGGAUGACUGAUAAAAUGAAGACUAUUUAAUUAACGUAUUGAUUUGAUUAACAAAUACUUCAUCCAUAAUUAGACAUUUGUAAAGGUGAAAGGCCUAAUAAACUGGGUUCUGAGUGAUCUAAAAACUAUAUUCCAGAUCCUUACAUCACACUAAAAAUAAAAGUUCCCCAAAAACUCGCCAUUUAUUAGAUUUGUGCAAACCCCUCAAAGCAAUUAUUGUAUUUUCCUCUCUUGUAAAAGUGUAUAUUUUUGUUCUUUUAAUGUGUUUUCCUCUGCUGUUGUUUCAACAUCCCAUAAUAAUAAUGUGAAAGUUGGCCAUGCCAUAAUUGUUUGUUAAAUCCUCAUGAAAUAACAAAGAGAGAAAAUAAAAAUAAUUUUAACAA